CUGUCCACAACGUGAAACAGAAGAUCAAAUCCGAAAAGAAACGAAAUUCAACAAAUUUGUAAAAAAAGUAUGUCAUAUAAACUAAGCAGCGUGUUGCGUGGCCAUGAGCUAGACGUUAGAGCUGUUUGUCCUGCAGUUUUUCCUGAAGGAGGAAUUAUAACAGCGUCACGGGACAGAACUGCUCGCCUGUGGGUUCCUUGUGGAGACAAACUUGGUUUUGAAGAGGGCCAUGUUCUUAGUGGUCACAGUAAUUUUAUUUCUGCUGUUUGUACGAUUCCUCCCACGGACAAAUUCAAGCAGGGUAUGUUAAUCUUGGUAUAUAAGUAGUUCACAAACUCCUUACAUUCGUCUAGCUGAGGACAUAGUUAAUAAUAGCAUGGAAUGGCUGUUAAUAGUGAACAGAGGAAAAAGUUAAGCUUAGUGUUGAAAGGAAUUUUAACACAUCACAGGCAAUUUCGUAGAAAAAUGUGAGGUUCGACAAAGAAUAUAGAAAAAGUACUUAGUGAUAUUAUGUUUUUUGGUGUAUAAUCUAACAGGAGAGGGUUUCUUUUUCCAAUAUGGCUAAAUACAUUAGACAGGACAGAGUGAAACCUGGGUGAUUUUCUACUGACAUUGUUAUAGAAAUUAUGUAUGAUUAGGAAAGGUAAGCUUAGUGAUAGGUAGAGUAUUAAGUGAUGGAUGGGUAAAGUUUCCUCUGGAAAAAGGUUCUAUGUUUGAGUACCCUUGGUUAAUGAAUUAUGAUCAGGGCUGUCACUUAGUUAGGGUGAGAGGCUGGAAAUUUCCCCUGGCUUCUACAGUUGUAUGGCAUGCUCUCCCCCCCCACUACUUUAAUAGGAAACAAAAGGAAAACAGAACAAACACAACUUCAUAGCUGUUCAAUUCCACACCGCAAUUUUUUUUACCUGGCCGAGUUUAUUACAAAAUGAAAACAAAAUACCAACAUGCCCAUACAUCGCAUGUCAUUGAAAACAUUUCAAACUGCUCAAUGAAUCAUUCUAAGUUUCAAUCUGGUAGCAAAAAGCCUUGGGAAAUUUCAAAGGAAGUUCAAAUGAUUAAACUGCACAAACAUUCAUCUACAAAGUGAAACUGAAUCAACAGCAAUUUUGUCACUGGACUGGUAAGAGAAAUGAUCAUUCUGAUUUUCCUCCUAAAUAUGACUUGAGGGUGAGAGAUCGUCGUUCGACACUUCACAGAUUUCAGCCAAAGAUGAAAGUCGUCAAUUGCAUGCAGUCUACGUGUAAAAUUUUACACACAGUUUCCAAAAUUUUUUGUGUAUUUAUUUUACAUGCCUGUUCCGUGCUUGUAUUACUUGUGUAAUUUCCAUGCAAUAUGGCGGAUUUACAGGCAAGAAACAUGCAUGUAAUGCUGCAAUUCCCGUGGCCUGUGCUGUACUUAUUGUAUGCAUGUAUACCCCGCACCUUGAAAUCUUAGUGAGGGCCCUGAUGAUAGAACAUCAUUUUGAUGUUAUAAGAAAAAUUGUAAGCAACAUUGCAGAGAAUUUUGAUAAAAAUAAUAAUUUAAUACUUAUUUGUCCAAGUUGAUAGGUGGAUAUGAUCAAACUUACAACUGAAGGGGUUAUGGAAAACCUUCAUGCUCACCAUAUCUACUACGGCAUAAUAAUUAUAAAACCUGCCCAUACUGUGUCAAUGAAUAACCCCAAUCACCAACAACCUUAGUGCUAUCUUAAACAGUCAUAAAAAAUUGAAACAAUCAUUCCAUGGUCCAUCAAUAGAGAAUUUAAGAUACCACAACAGUGACAGUGGCAAGAAUGUCUCUUAAAAAUGACUUCGUGCUCUUUGAAACUUCAGUGUGAUUAUCCCAACUUGCUCAUUUUGUGAAGUGUAGGCAAACUCUCCUGGAGUUGAAUUCUCAAGGAAAUAUGCAAGUUCAAAAUGAGAAAGAGAAAUUUUUUGUUGUUUGUUUAUUGCUUUUAGGAUGUUUCCUCUGCUGUCGCCUUUGCGAGAUCUUAAAAUCCCUAACAACAAGUGAUUCUUGUGCCACUUACCAAAAAACAAACCCUUUAAUCCCCACGUGUUUUUACUGUGGUUCUGUUUACCAUCUUGCAUUGUGUAACCCUACAUGAACUAAAUAAAUUAUUUUCCCAGGGCUCAUAGUUACUGGUGGUCAUGACAAUCUUAUUCUUGUGUGGACUUUGGAUACUCUUGGUAAGUUUUAUAAAAAAGUUGUUUGUUUGUUUGCCAAAGUUCACUCAAUUAAGGCAGGAGUAGUUUACCCUGAACUGUGAUGCACCCCUCCCCCCAAGGGUACUCCCUUAUUUGGCCAUGGUGGUUAUGUGACACUAAACAGGGUACAUUGUAUGGUUAUGAGUCUUAAACAGGGUACACAGUCUCUGCGCACACUAUUAAUUUUUGUGUCUUGGACACAGAGUGUUUUUGAACUGGAGGCCUUAUAAAGAGUGUGAAGGUUGGCAUUGUGGGAUCUAAAUGAGUGGUAGCCACAAUAUAUUGCAAAAAGACUCUCAAUUCCAUGAUGUUAGUGCAAAAUGAAAUGAAUCAGACUUUUGAAAGUAGGUCUCUUGUCUUAGACAGGGUAGCGUCACAGGAUACAACCUCAGGGACUGCUGCACUUUUGGAUUUUUCUUUCUGUUGUAGGUAAAAUCUGUUCUCAUGUUAAAUGAUUAUGGCUUAAGGCUAGGAAGCAGUGAAAAUUCCUAAUGAAAUUAGGCUCAUUAUUGGCUUAGCCUGAAAACAGCUUUUACCUACAACAUGCCCUACAGUAACCCCCAAAAUCCCAAAGUUUGAUUUCGACCCAUGUCUCUUUUGCAACCCCAAAUUUUAGAUAGAAAAAUUCUUUGGGGCUUCUUAAGGAUAUUACUCAGUGUUAUCCCCUGGGAACGUCACAACAGUUAUUACAGUGGAACCCCGCCUUAUGAUCACCCUGUUAAUACCACCACCUCGUUAUCGUGACCAUAUUCUUUCGACCCUAACUUUAGAAACACUGGUCAUUUUAUUAUUUUGAAGAUACGGUUGAUUAUUACAACCAAGUUUUUAUUCCCAACAGUGGUCACAUCAACAGAAUUGCACUGCAUAUUAAAGCAUAUUUACACUACCUGACAAUGUGUUGUCCAAAAUGGCUUACAAGAAAAGAAGGAAAUGGAAAAUAUUUAAAUUUGAUAACUACAAUGCUUCUGAUGUCUGUUUAAAGAAUAAAGGUGCUUGCAGUCCACUUUGUUCAAAUCAUUAAAAGUCUAAAGAUAUAUUUGUCACAUAAAAUAUUCCAGUUCUAAAUGGUUGAUAAACAGCAAAAUUAAGAGAUUAUUAUGCAAGCUGCUGAAAUAAUUUUAAAAAUGGAUUGGUGUGUUUACUCAUUUUAUCUCACUUCCAUAAAAAACCAGCUCCAAAAGUCUCACUAAAAGGCUGGUUAUUAAUGUAAGAAAACAUCUUUCAUUCCUGCAGAACCAGUACACAGAUUAGAAGGUCACACCGGAGCUGUUUGUUCCUUGAUUGCAGGAAAGUUUGGGACACUUCUUUCUGGAUCUUGGGACAAGUAGGAAAUAAGACUUUUUUUCACAAUCUUAAGCUAAUUUACACAGUAGUCUUGUUCUUUGCUUAGUUUUCCACAAAAUUUUUAGUCUAAAAUGUGAGCCAUCUCCACCCCUAACCCAUUAAGAGCACCCCCUAUGGGUUAGGGGGCAGAGACAGCUGACAUUUCAGACUACAUAUAAUUAUGGUUUGCUCCUUUGUUCUUUAGGAUAAGGUGAUUUUCAAAGAGUUGAUAGUAUUAUGUACUGAUAAUAAUUUUCAGAUGGAUACGGUAAUAUCAUUUGAGGACAAGUGUAAAAAAUCAUAUACUGUCAGUACUGUAUGUUAACAGAGAGACCAUGCUUUUAUGAGUAACAUGCAUUUUUUUUCUCAAGCAAGGAGUUUCCUUGUUAAUAGGAAUUAAGAAGGACAUGCUGGCUUGUACAUGUAUAUAUUCCGCUGAGCAUUCAUGUUGCAUUUAUUUUAUUUUUUAUUUAUUUCAUACUGCAACAUGGUUUCUUGAGAAUUACAUGUAGUAUGACUGUAAAGUCUCCAGGCCCUUAUUUGACUGUAUCCCUUCUUACUUUGCAUGUUUAUUUUACAGAACAGCGUGUGUGUGGAUAGGAAGCAAGUGUAUGAUGAAACUUCAAGGUCAUGAAGCUGCCGUUUGGGCUGUUCAAAUGAUGCCAGAGCAUGGCCUGAUGCUUACAGGUACAUUGUACUCACCACAGCAGUAUCAGUGCUUGACAAACCUUAGUAUCGUCGAUGUACAGUAGGCACUGUUCACAUGGCAGUAGAUGCAUUUGCCUUAUUUUAUUAACAAAGAAAUUUUCUUGACCUACAUGAUAAUAUGUGAAGUCACCCUUUGGGAGGUCUGAACAAAAAAGGUUGAAGAGUUAAGCAAAAAAGGUUUCAACUGAGGUGUUCUCUUAUGAAAGACAGCAGAUUGAGGUUUUGACUGCAAAUUUGUUUUUCUUUGCCAGGUUCUGCUGAUAAGACAAUAAAAAUGUGGAAAGCUGGAACAUGUCAGAGAACCUUCACUGGACACACAGACUGUGUUAGAAGCCUGGCUAUACUCUCUGCUGUUGAGUUCUUAUCAUCUUCUAAUGAUAGGUACAUGUACAUUUAGCUUACAUUUUUCAAGUAUAGUAUAAGCCAACCCUAAGUCAGCCAGCUAAAAUUUGUCGUAUUGCAAAUUGUUUUUUACAUGAUUUAACAUCCUUAUGACCAGAUUCCCUGAAAACUAGCUGGUUACUUGUUAUAUACAGAUGAUCAAUGUCCAACUGGGUUCAAACUGCCAUCUACAACUGUAUUUUGUCAUGAUUUUCUCUGCAGUAGUUAUGAGAAUUGGAUUACCCCGUCAGCUACUUCAGCAGCUACAUGUCAUAAGAGUCUCUCAAACUCCUUUGUUGAGAUGCUGGUUAUAGGUUUUGAGGUGUUUAACUAUAAGUUGAAACUCAACACCCGAGCCUGAAUUCUUGAAACCUUAAAGGAAUCAUUUUUAUGGGUGAUGUUGUGAGUUAGCUGGGUAGUCUCUCAAUUUUCCCUAAACUAGUACUGGGACAUAGUCAAACAUGUACACAAUAAAUUUGUGUUAACAUGGUUGUAGAUAUCAUACAGAUAAUUGUCCACUUGCUGGCUGUCCACUGUAAAUGAUAUUAUUAAUUUUCUAAUAAUUGCAUGUAGCACCAUUCGAAGAUGGAUGAGCACGGGAGAAUGUCUUCAAGUGUAUACAGGGCAUACUAGCUUUAUUUACAGGUAUGAGACGGGUUACACACUAUUUUAGCUAACUUCCUACUAGAAAUUGGUAAGCAAAAUGUUGUGAUCAGACAUAUCAAGGUCAGUCUUGAGCCAUCUCACUCUUCAGGUUAUUAGUACAGAGCAAGGUCAUCUAUUGACUGUUCGAUAUCUCCUUUUCAAACAGACUGUGGUGUUAGUGUUUACACCCGGUGGACUUGAAGUUAAAGGAAGUUAAAGCCCCGUCAUCACAUUGAUCAUUUGCUCAGACAAAAAACUUUGGUCUACUUUGUUCCUUUUCAGCCUGAGUUGUAUAAAUCGCCACCGGCGUUAUACGUCUAUGGGUGGAUGGCACUCCAUCCAGGGAUGAAGUAGCAAUACGUCUAAGUGCUUCGUGCUACUGAAACAGUGAUAAGCUCAGGUUCACUUGUGUAAGUUUUGAGAAAAUUUUGACGGGGAGCCGACAGCACGAGCUCGCAAGAAGAAUGUGGCUUCUCCUCUCGCUGGUGCUCCACUGCCAAAAUGUUCUCUGAACUGACAUAAGUGAGCAUGCAUGCAGGCAAAGAUAAGCUGUGGCCUUACUGGCCCCAAUAAAACCUUUACCUAUCUUUACAUGAUUAUAUUUCACGUGUUUUGUGUCUUCUUUCAUUAGUAUUGCAGCUCUUCCUGAUGAAGGUGGCAAUUUUGUUUCUGUUGGAGAAGACAGGACAUUACGAAUAUGGAAAGGUAUAAUUAUCAUCCUCAGUUGUAAUUUGUGUUUCACUGUAAAGUCAGACAUGAACAAUCCUUUGAUUGGAUUAAGAUUUCGAUUUCGAUUCGUCAAUUUUUGGCCUGGUAACCGCAAUAGGGUGAAGACAGGUACUGCAGCCCUGUGAAAGCUUGAUCACACCGUCGGGGUCUCUACGCUUACAUCGGAUUACUUAGCAUCCAAUGAUGCGAUCGUCAGAAGUAUCAUGUUUCCACCUUUUUUAUAGGCGUAGUAGCAGGCGUUUCUUGAGGAAUACCAUUCUUACCAUGCUAGUUUUUGUAAGACCCUGGUUUUGCUGGUGUUUGAACCUGCGACCUCCCGCUCAGCAGACGGGCGAGCGCUCUUCCAACCGAGCAUUACAUCACGGUACAUUAGUACAUUGUUCAUCCAAUCAAAGCUCAUCAUGCCUUCACUUCAUUCCUUAACUGUUUGCUGUUAUUUUUACAAAAUUGUAUGUUAUUAUCUUCAGAUGGAAAUUGUUCCCAAGUAAUCAGAUUACCAGCGCAGUCAGUGUGGAGUGUAACAUGUUUAAAUAACGGAGAUAUUGUUACUGGAUCAAGGUAAGAUUCAUUACCACCUUCUCACGUUGCAACAGUCUCCAAUCUCACAGAAUAUUCAUUUUGUAAGACCAAAAAGAAAGGUUUCUUCCCCGGCUUUCUCAGUCUGCAAACACCCUAAUGUCCUGUUACACUAAUCACUUUUUCAUGCAACUGACUUGUCUCGCAACUUUGUGCGAGACGUUCCAGGGACACCCAACGACGGUUUCCUCCUAAAUAUAUUGAAAACACUUUUGAGGCUCUCAAGAGCACUUUUAGAUCUCUAGACAUGUAUUCUUAGAGGCGCUAUAAAAUUUGUAUCUGUUCGGUCAUCCUAGAGCAACUUGAGUCUUUUCGAAAUUACAAGGGCUUCGUUAUUAUUUUUCCGAAAAUUUUAGAUGCAAUUUCAUGUAUUAUACGAAAGUGAGAAUUUUUUUGUUUCCUCUCUCCAUCACAUUUUUGAAUCCGAAAAUUUUAGGCUGCCUUUUUUCCACGAACAAAGCCUGACCUGGGGAGUGAAAUGUGAAAAAUUAAAUCUUAGAAAAUCUUAGGCAAAUUUAUUAUAGAUAAGCUUCGAAAACUGUACAUAAAUGAAACGGUCAUCUAGAAAUUUUUAGCCGUCCUCAAGCUACAGAAAAUUCUAGGCAAUCUUUACUUCUCCGAACAAAUAUUUUAAAGACAACAAUCGUUGGGUGCCCUUGACGCAACGUUAAAUGCAACCGGAUAAAACAAAUGCUGCAGUAUUUCCUCAAUUGUUGAGGAAGUAGUACUUGUUUCUACUUUGCGCUAUACUAGCUGUAACUUGUGUCACAACAAAAUUGUAAGACAAGUCUGAGGCAAAGAUGCUUUGUGUGACAGGACAUUCAAGUGUAGCCCGUGAUUAUUUCCUACCCCUCUAUUUCACAAAAUGACAUCUUACGCAUGAAAUUUUCAGAUUUUUACCUGUGUUUUCACAACUGUUGUGAAAUUUGACAUUUAUUUUCUCGGGCUCUCAUGAGAAAUAGUCUUUGGUGUUAUUACAGAUAAUAAAUUAUAUCUAAGCCUUGAAAAAUGUAACAAAGAAUGCAGUAUUGUUUUUGGCGGUAUUAGGUUUUUGUCCACUGAAAGUUGAAAUUACUCAAUUUUCUGAUGGAUUCCGUCUUAAUUUUGUUGUAGUGAUGGUAUUGCUCGUGUUUUCACUGCCUCUGCAGAAAGAGUGGCAUCUGAUGAGGAACUUCAGGUCUGUCUAUGCUCCUCCGUCCCUUCACGUAAAUUUUCUUUUUGAAAUCUUAAACGCAAAUUUGCGCCGUGUUGAUUCAUUGAUUCAGGCCGCUACGACACAUGUGCGUUUUUUUCUUUCUCAUUUUUUAAGUCAUGUGCAAAAUUUUGUUUGAAUUCACAAAAGAGGAAAAGGGCAUUUCUUAAAGGAAGAAUUCCUCAUUAUUGUAUGAGUAUAAUUGUUAAUGAGUUAAAAAAAAAUUGAGUCCAGCGAAUCCUCCAGUGGGAUAGAAGGUCCUUUACUAAGUUCAUAUGUGACGCGAGUCCUGUCCCGUCAGUGUCGAAAGUACGGUUUAGUACAUGUAAGUAGGGACAGGAUUGCUUAAUUUACGUUUCAUAGUUUUGGUAUGUUUAUCAUUGCACACCCCGCCUGGAAACCAGCUUUUGUAGUGCGUGGUUAGCGUUGUAAAAUAAAUGUGUUGACUUGUUGACUUGUACCAGCGUAUGAGAAUGAAAAUCUGAGCCUCCCAUUAGAAUGCUUGAAAAAGGUGACUUAGCCUGGUCUUUUAAUGAUUUUUUUGUUUAUGUCUGGUCAUAGUUGUUUGAUGCUGAAGUUGCAAGCCACGCUAUUCCAGCAGAAGCAGCCAGGUAAAGAACUUUCCAUCAAGAAAACUCGUUUAAGUUUUAAACACGAUCGUACUUCAGUUAGUUACUGCAGGUUUUUCUUUGUUCCCUCCGGUUUGCUGAGCGAAGAAAUGCGGAGGACAUAGAAAUUAUCAAGCCUACAAUAUUGUCCAUUUCCCUUCGAUGAAUAGCAUGUGGUCAGCCGCCCAUCUCCUCCUAUUUUAUUUGAGGAGACGGGGAGCCCCAGGGGCAACUCCCUUAUAUUACAUAUACGGGGAUGUGCCGCUGGACAGGGUUUGGUUUUUGUCCUCUCUGUCCUAAACAGGGUAUAUAAUUUCGUGCCGGGGGAGUCUGUCAUCAGGGUAUUGUCUGCACGAUUAAUUGAUUUGAUUUGAACAAAAGCGAUGACUGUAAGGUGAAUUUGCUCCAUUGCAAUUGCCAGUAAAUUGCUUUAGAACAAGAUGGCGUGCAUCUUGUCCUUUUUCAUAAACAGGGUAAUAAAUUGAGGGUGUUGUCCUAAACAGGGUAUGUGUUUUAGAGGAUUUUUUUUGAAAGGAGAUGAGACAGUUUUCACAAGAACCACACAUUAAAUUUCAUUCCACUUGACAUGACCGCUAUCCAACACAAACACAAAGAGAACAUCAAUCAUAAUUUAUCACUUACUUAUUUCUUUGGAUUUGUUCUUCAAGUAUUCAGUUGAUUCUAACAGUAAAUAUUUGUGGUUUUUGUUUUAGUGGCCAGCUGGGUGAUGUUAAACUCGAAGAUCUUCCUGGACCAGAAGCUCUCCUUAGGCCAGGUGAACGUCAAGCGAAACUUAAAAAAAAUUUCAUUCUGCUUACAGGCGUCUUUCUUGUAGAAUUAAUUUCGUCUCUGUGCCACAUGUAAGCAUUGAAACUAAUAUGAAGAACAUUUCUGUGCUGGUUUUAUACCUUACACGCGAGUUUAGCAUAAACCCAGUAAUGGUUUCGUGGCAAUCAAGAGAUAGAUUUAUGGUUUUUUUCCUUAAACGGCCGUCACAUUAUUUUGUUGGAGGUUCAAUGUUAAAUCAACUUUUAAUAAUGUAGACAGUAUGUUGGUCUUUAGCAGAAAAACAAGGUCAUUUGGUAUAACCUUUCAAAGUUUUGUCAAUCUCUUAUGAACCGUUUCUUCUUGUGAUUAUCUUAGGGAACAACAGUGGUCAAACAAAACUGAUCAGAAGGGGAAAUAUCAUUGAAUGUCAUCAGGUGAGAACUCAUUUGACUACACGAUGGUAACUUAAACACAUGAAAACCGUUCAUUACUCAACUGUGAUGGUCUAAAAAGGUUACUGUAACAAGAAAUGUCUUGCUGCAUGGGUGGCAGCCUGCGAAAGAGCGGUAGAAGGGAGGGAGGUGCCUUCCUUCUAUCCCUAAUCCCCUCCUUUUUUUUCGCUUGCUUUAUUUUUCGCCCCUGCUCCACUAUCUGAACGCAUGGAACAUUCUACAUUGGUAGGGAGCGCAGCUCAUAAUUUUGUCAACUGAAUUAAUGAGAUGAGUUCGCUGGUUUAUGUGUUCCAUGCCGGCCAGCAUAAACAUGAGUAUAAACACUUGUGCACUGAUAGAGAAUCACCUUGUGCGUAUGCUAGUACAUCUUAUUUCAAAAUGCUGGUAAAUUUUGUCAUUGUCAGUUUUGUCUGUGUGAUAAUUUGUCGUGAAUGCUUCUAUUCAAGUAAAGAGUUCUUUGAAAUCUCCAAAUGUAAUGUAAUGUAAUGCAAAGAGGGCUAAUUAACACCAAAAGAUUAGCAUGCAAAGUCAGAGAUAGGUAUCUAAAUGCCUUGAUAGUUCCAUUUUGGUCACUGUAAAAGAAAAUUGAUAGCAUUCCUUAACUAAGUAGUGAAAUCAUUGCCGAGUCUUCUUUACGAUAAUAACGGUUUCAAAACUUUCUUUUGCAGUGGAAUGGUAUGGAAUCAAAAUGGGACAAGGUAACGCUUUCACAGUUUGCAUCUGGUCGUUUUUCCCGAAAGGCAAAUAAACUAAGAUGUCAUACAGAGUUGAAAAUAAUUACUUGUAAUUAAAAGAUGCCCACAGUAAGCAUUUGUAAAUUACUUACUUUUAAUUUUUCCUUUGGGUUAUUUUUGUCUGAUUUUCAGAUCGGCGAAGUAGUUGGAUCCGCGGGAACAGAGGGCGCUGCUAGGCAAACCCAAAAGCAAAUGUAUAACGGAAAGGUACCUUUGUCUACUGCUAAGCUGAGAUACUACUGACUCAGAAGUGCUUUUUACUCUCGCGUACCACGUGUAAAAAAUUAAAAAAAAUUCAAGAACAGUCCAAAUUCCAUUCUGUAAUAUAUGUGUUUUAGAGGUUACUUUUGAAUGGUCAAACCGCAGGAGUUUGCAACAUGUAUUCUUUUGUAAUUGAUCAUGAGAAAGAGAUGAAAAUUCAGCUGUAAAAUGCGGUUAUGUUACGGGGGCUAGGGCCCUGUUCGAGCAAAUAUGAGAAGAUAAGGCAAAUGGUUCUCUGCGGAUUCAAAAAUUUUCACGUCCACACGUAUCCCUGUUCAAAUCGAAUUUGCCAGUCCACACGUAUCCGACACGUAACCGAAUUCAUUCUACUACCCAGGACUCCUUUGGGAAUAUUGGCAACAGAGCAUGUGUCGUAAAGUGCGCGAAAUUUGCGUCUAGAAUAAUGGCAGAAUCAGUCCAAAAUCAAAGUAAAAUGCGAAGAGCAAGGUUGACUUCUCGACGGGUAAGAGUGAGAAUCUGGGAACGGGGUUGCCAUCUUGAAUACAGUAUUGACGGUAGAGAACUGGACUCCAUCUUGUUAUGUCACCGGAUGAAAAAAUAUCCGGAUUUAGCGUCCACUCGAUUCCGGACUCAUAGCGUAUUCAAAAAUUUCUACUCUGGAGAGCGAAUUCAAAAAGUUGCAGAUUGGUAUGCCGAAUUCACCGGUUACAAGUAGACGGGGCCAAAGAAACAACAUGUGCAGUAAAACAAGGCACCCAUCAGGCUGUAGUGAAUAACAUGGACGCAAGAAGCGGGCGUUAUGUGAAUGAACGCGUGAUCAAGGGAACUUCACUACUAAAGCACUUCAUUUUAACCCCCGCUUAAGCGGACGCGGGCACCCUUUUUACGGUUUAGAUCCUAAAAUAACGUUCCUUAAGUGGGCAUUAAAACAAAUCAGGACUAAAAUCCACUGUAAAAAAAUUCCAUAUCUUCUUUUUUUAAACACAAAAUGAAUUGUAGGAAGGGAAUAGCACAAUAAGUGUAAAUGAUAAGAUUUGCUUUCCGGUUCCUUGUAGUGCGUGAGGUUUAUCUAGACUCCUCCUCCUUGUCCUGAAGAUGUCCGCUAGCGAGUUUGUGUUUUUUUUUUUCAGGAAUACGAUUUUGUGUUUGACGUUGAAAUACAAGAAGGGGCUCCUCGUAUGAAGCUACCUUAUAAUUUGACUGGUAUGUAACAGAUGUGCUUUUUAUUUGUCACCCUUUUGUGAAGUACCCUUGAAAAUGACGUUGUGGAGGUGUAUGUGGUCGAAUGUUUUAACACCUCGACCUCUGGAUCUGGAUGUCCGGGGUUCAAACCUCACCCGUCACGUUGCUUCCUUAGACAAGAAACUUUACUCCACUUUGUUUCUCUUCAGCCAGGUGUAUAAAUGGAUACUGGCGACAUACUGCUGGGGGGUAACCCUGCGAUGGACUAGCAUCCCUUCACACACACACUUUAUUAUUAUUAACAAUCUACUUUUACAUAAAGUCCAUUUCCGCCCGCAAAUAGCAGGGGAGAGUAGCAAUAUUCUUAGGCUUGCUUCUUGCUAUGGAAACCGGGAUAAGCCCCGGCUGUUUGGGCCUUUGGCUCGUGCGCCCCUUUACCUAUUUUUACUUUGGAAGUGACGUUAACCUGGCAGUUUUCCUUUAUUUGUGUUUUAAAGAUGAUCCGUGGAUGGCGGCUCAUCAGUUUUUAGAGCGGAAUGACCUGAGUCAGAUGUUCUUAGAUCAGGUGGUUGACUUUAUUUUAAAGAACACUAAAGGAGUCACAAUAGGACAACAGACACCAACGGCAGGAGAUCCCUUCACUGGUAUGAAACUACUAACCCCUCGGCCUCCCCUUUGGGAUGUGCUGUUAGUUCUGCGCAUGUUUCUAUCCUCCGAGCUGAAAAUAGAGAGCUUAGGCAACGACGACGGCUACGGCAGCGAAAACGCCAGUAUUUAAAAGUCUUCGCGUUUUUUCCGCGAUAUUUUCAACUCGCUUAAAAUGUUAAAUACAGGUUAAUUUCGCUGUUAUUGAAUUUUUGUAGUCGUGCAGUGACUGCAAAGAAAUGUACAAAAAAAGUAUGCUGCACGUGUAGAGUUGUUGUUUUGCCGUUAUUGUCAUCAAAUGAUAGUCAGUCUUCGGACUUCUCUGCGAAUCUUGGGCUCAAUUUCGAGACAUUUAAUGCAUCCUUGAUUGAAUCCGACCGCAUUUCUGUUUUGUCUGAUCAAAAUUAUGACUUGGCCAGACUUUUUUAGCCAAAUUUCUUUCUGGAAGUCUGCAUCCUCUGUGCUUGAUAGGCUACUAAUUGGUAGAACUCCAUCUAACUGUAUAAUAACUUCUUUUUGUCCGAAAUAGCGAGCAAAAUUUUUUCUUCGGAUAUUGUUUCAGGAGCUGGGCGCUAUAUUCCAGCGACUGCACCAUCACAAGCUCCAGUUAGUAAUUUCAGUGUGGGUGGAGGAGCAGUUGAUCCUUUUACAGGUAAAAUACGCACCAUACCCUGUUUGUACUAUGUGAACUCCUGGAGCAGGCUAACCACACUGGGCUCUGAAUAACAGUUUUGACGCUACUAACCAAACUGUUUUAUAUCGUGUUGGGUGGAAUCCCUGCCACUACCCGUAUCAGUGACUCCAGUAUAUUUAACAAUUAUUCCACGAGUGCGCGUUGGAUAUGAGAUGGUAGAUAAUUGUUUUAUUAAAAACGCCCACGAAAAUCGAGAAUUCCUCUCAACUUUAUUUUUAAAAACGCGUACAGUUACCAUAUUUGGAGAACAUGGUGUAAUGGCUCAUAUACCAUGAUGGCUAAGCCAAUCAGAGCUCUAGAAUUGCAUUAUCCAAUGGUCCAGUGUUUAAUAAAAUUUGUUUGUUAGAGCACAUACUUGUACACGCUGUGUAAAGGUAUAGAAUCCAGUUUUGACAUUGUAGAUAUAUUACUCACUUUUUCCCCAACAUGUUAGGUGGUGGCAGCUAUAGACCUUCCUAUUCAACUCAACAGACCAACGUGGGAGGAGUGGACCCAUUUACAGGUAUCACAUGUGAUCAGUGUACCAAGCCCCUGCUUAUCUUUUGGAGGUCAUCUUUUGAAGCAAUAACAUAGUGAAUAAAUGUCAAAAGUCACUUUGGGGUAACAACUGUGACUUUUGUGAUUUCAAAACAAAACAAAACACAAGGAAAGUGACUUUCCUUUUUGUUGUUAAUUUUUUGUGUCGCUGCUGUUUCACUCCCUCCAUAAUCGUGACUCGUACACAAGUGUAUUUUCGCGAGAUGUAGACAUCUUGCUCUUUCACAGCUACAAGUGUUUUAUGAAGAUAAGGAAAUCACAAGAAAAUACUUUUUUGAAGUAAACUGCCACCAGAAAUGGAUGUAUUCAUAGUAGCUGAAAAGAUUAACAACAGUCAUUUAAGGCGCUUCAUUUGUAUUUAUUUAAUUGUUUAAUUCUCUGUUAGGUGCUAGUAGUUACAGAUCAGGCCAAGCUGGGAAUCAACUCAGUUCACCGAGUAAAAGUUCUACCGUGUCUCAGAACCCUUACUUUCCCAAGGUAAUUUAUAUCUAGAUGCUUUAAAAAGUUUUGCUUGGAAGAGCGUCCCACCUUGUGUUUCUUUCUCUUGCAGACGUCUUUUAUAUCAUUUGAUAAUGCUAACGUUGCUGCUAUCGCUGGAAAAUUAAAAGAAUUCAACGAUAGUUUACAAGAGGUAUGGUUGGUGUGUUUACUAUGAUGAAUGGAUACGCCUUUCAACUUUGCUGACAAUAUAAUUGCCACAAAGUAUUUUAAUGAUCAGGGAUCCUCUACUUUUAGCAAGUGGAGCAAUGUUAAAAGCCUCAGUUGUGCCAUGAAUCGUGGUGUCGAUCCACCGACUGUUUCCCUGUUUUUGCGUGUAUUCUGCUGAUUUAGUACUGAUUUCUGUACAGUGUGUACCGAAACGCAUGAGACUUGAAGUUGCCACCGUUGUAUGCUGCCAUUUUGAGCUUUUGAUCCUUAAAAGAAAACGGUAUUUGAUAUUGAAUUGAAAACGAUAAAAUGUAGCCGAUCCAAAAUUGUUGUCAUAAUUUUCUGAAGUAUUGUUUUUUUUUUAUCUUUCUUCGUAGGAUCCUCUUCAGUUAGGAGACGAUGAACUAAAGAACUUGAUGGGUAAGGAAAAAAGUCUUAUUCUAAGCACAAGUUUUGGCAACUUGAAAACUAGUCAACAAUCAGUGUUUGUGUAAUAAAGUUAAUGAAGUCUGCGGUUGGAGAAAACAAUUGAAAAAAUUUGUUAGCUCAAAAAGUGUUCGAACCCAGGACGUUCGGUGACUAUUCCAGCACUAUACUCUGGCCGGGUCUAAAGUACAGGUCACAUUCCACAGACCCCAGUUGUUGAAAAGAUGGAUAAUGCUGUAUGUAUGACCUCUGUCGGUCGGUCUCGCGCUUAUGGUUUUACUUAUCUCUCCUCGUCUCACCCCUUUCUGUUGAAGUCUUAAAAAGUCCUGUUAUCGCUCAAACCUUGUUGAACAUGUCUUUGUUCAUUGUAGAAUUUCUGGAAGACGUGGCAAACGUGGAUAAAUCUAGGUCACCAAAAGUCGAACAUCUUCCGUCUCUGAUUAAAACACUGAAAUGGCCACUAAAAGUGCUUUUUCCAGGUAAAGUACAUCGAGAAGAAUUGUUUAAAUUGUUCUGGUGGUGAUUUUACGCUUACAAGGAGCUGCUAAGAAGUUUACAAACAUUUCUUUAUCUUUCUGAACAGCUUUAGAUGUUCUACGUUUGGCUGUACGAUUUCCAUCCAUUACCAAACUUUGCUGUAGUGAAUCUGAAGGAGACAAUCUCGCGGCUAAGCUACUUUCUUGUACAAGGUAACUAAAGAAGAUCUUCGUGGGCGUAAGAGGAAUACGAAUAACGCAUUUCCCCAACCCCCCCCCCCCACCCCCCAGAAGCAGGUGGAAACACAAGAGAGAACUUGGAAGAAGUUUCAAACACUGUGAGAUCGAAUCACCAUCAGUCUCUUCACGAUGUUUCCAUCUUGAAGAGACGAUCACUUCCAGAUGUUGCUAUCAUUUCUUUUCAGCUACAUAAUUCUUUCGCUUUAUCUUUUCCCCCGCUUUGCAUCGUUUGCAUGUUUUUGCUCACGUAUUUUACUUGUUCUGUCUAGUGACACCUUUAUUUGUUUCUUACAGAGACGACAAUCCUCAAGCGAACGUGCUUCUGUCAUUUCGAAUAUUCUCUAAUUUUUUUUUGAGCGAUGAAGGCUCGGCUUUAGCAAUGAGACACAGAGAGAAAGUGAGUACCAUAAACUCAAAAAAUAUUUCAAUUAAAAAAAAUUAAAAAGAUCUUGGAUUGAAUAAUCCCAGAUUAUGAGUCGGCCGUUGUUCAUUAAUUUAGUUAUUCAGUAAUUCCUAGUCCGAAGUCUCAUUCGUCUCCUCGACCCAGCUGCUGUAGGUGCGGCCGUAGGAGAGACUCUCCCGUCCCUCGCCAGGCCGGCCAUUGGAAGCAGGGGGGCCAAGGGGAGGGGGAAGGAAGGGGACUACAGUGCUUCUCCGUGCCAUACAAAUACUGGCGGGGGUGGAGGGGCUGGUUGAGGAGAGGAAUACAGUACUUCUCCGUGCCAUACAAAAUACUGGGGGGGGCUGGGUGGAGAGAGGACUACAGUGCUUCUCCAUGCCAUACAAAAUACUUUUAUUAUUUACAUCUCAGUUGAUGCGUGCGUGUGGGUGCAACUCGUAAAUUGAAAAUUGAAACUUGAUUGAAAGUUUACCGUCUUCUUAUCUUUUGCUGUCUUUCGUCUAAUUCAUGAUCUACCUGAUCUCGUUCGCUUUUUUCUGUUUCUAUAGAUUGUGGAACACUUAAUACCUUGGUGUAAAUGCUCAAACAAGAACAUAAGAAUAUCCUUAUGCACUGUUCUUCUAAAGUAAGUUCCAGCAAUGACAUGAGUUUACUGAGACAUGGAAAUUGCCGCUUUGAAUGCUUGUUGCCGUCAAUAUAAAAACCGACUAAGGACGAAUGUGAAAUAUCUACUGAAUUUUUGCCUUUUUAAUUCUGCCUGGUAUUACGGCCUUGUUUUAGAAAGGAGUCGGCGACAAUCAAUCAUGCAGAAACGUUUAGUUAAGCCAGAAUUGAUUUUCUUAGCGCCUUUGUUUGUUUGUUUGUUUUUUUUCAGUUUCUCCGUCCUUCUUCGAAAGCAUCCCGACUUUGAAGCUAAAACACAAUGUCUGUCAGCUCUAGCGGGCGUAAGUGCAGUACAGUUUGUUGUCCAUUAUUGUUCUCAACAUCAUCGUUAUCAAUUGAAAAAGACUGAUAUAAUUAUGAUAAUGAUAUUUUGCAGAUCUUGGAAAGUGAUACAGAUAAUGAAGCUAGAUUCAGAUCUCUAGUUGCGGUCGGGACUUUGGUGAGUGUUUGUAGACUGUGACUAGUGAAGCUUCAAGCUGCACUGAUUGUGCUUGAUUGAAGUCUUAGCGGUUUCUGGUUGUUGCAAUCUAAAAGAUAUUUAGACCUAAUUUCACCUGGUAAACACUUGCCAAUGGCAAGCAAAUUUACUAGUUUGAGAAUGAUGUUUUGUCAGUCAGUACAACAUGCGAAAAAAAGUAUAAAACUAUAAGAACGUAGUCUGGGGUCAUGCUCAUAGUAGCCAGGGGAAAUCCCCGGCCCCGGGGCCCUUGGUGACAGCCCUGCCGGCUUACAUGCGGCGACCAGUAUUAGUUAAUCCUAUGAUGUUCUGGUUAUUUGUCCAGAUGCGUUACCACUGAGCUAUAGGAGUCUCGUGGAAGUUUAGCCCAUUGAACUAGGUUCAUGCCACUAACAUUUUACAUCCUGCGGCUAGGACUGAAAUAUCAGUAGGUGGUAUGUGCGCAGUGAUAGACAUUUGAUGGUGUAUGUCUGGACAUGUUGAAUUGCGUUACGCCGUUGUUUCAACAAGGUCGGACCAAUCAUGGUGACCGUCUCAUGUAGGAGAAGUGACAGCGGCCUUGAGCCAGUGAACAGAUGAAUACACAGUAGCGUCGACUCGUAUGAUAUACAGAAUAUAUAUUUUAAAGCACGGUUUUGUUUUCUCCUUUUUGCCCUGCGGGUCUUUCGCGCAUGUCUCAGUUAGCCUAAAGGAAACGGAAAGGACUGCUACGCAGGCUAGCAAAGCGACCAAGAAUCGAACUCACGACCAUUGGAGCUUUGUAUGGGUUUGUACUUGGGCAGUGUAUAUGUUACAAGCUUUUAUUUGUCUUGCAAUGGAAAAGCAAAUGCAAUUCAUUAAAUCAGCACUUCAGCAUUGUUUAGUAAUAACUAAUUAAAAUGAUUUUAUUUGCAGAUCUGGGGCGAUUCAGAUGCCCUGUCUUUAGCUCAAUCAUUAGGAAUUCAAAGUUCAUUGAAAUCUCUCACUAGUAUUACGGAUCCUCCUAAGGUAAUAUUGCAAAUGAUAUCUUCUUACACGUACUUGUAUAUUUAGCCAAAUGCGGAGCCUGAAACGAGGAAAGGAUAUCGCGUGUGUGGUACAUGUACAGUUUGUUGAUUGCCAUCCUGAAUUUAACGGAGCGCCCGGCAACCGGUUGGAAAGGGUAGAACGAUAGACUAUUUGCUGGCCUUUUUUGUGCUUUUCUCUGGGUUCGCUUUGUCCAGACGCCGUUGACCACGCAUAGAUCGCUUUCCAGUGGUUUUAAACAAUGUCUGAGAUAAAUCCAAUGAGUAGUGAGAGCCAGGUAGUUACAUCUCUGGCUGCUGACCAUUCCAAAAAAUUACAUCAAGAGUAUUUGUUGUUUUACGUUUUCUUUAACAGGUUGGAGAAUGUGCUUCUAAAGUGUUAGCCGCCUUGGAGGAUUAAAAUACCAGCUUUUGAGACGUCAGCAUGUGGUUACCUUACGAAUGCAAGAGAUCGCGGCAACGAUUUUAGGAAGAAUAAUUCAGUUGAUGCUUAAAGAUUUGCAGUUUAUUCAAAUCGACUGCUCCUUGUGUCAGACGUGUUUAGCAUUUUUAUGCAUUCUUAUCUUAGUUCGUUUGUUAAGGCGAACUGCCAGUUUACACUCAGCUAAUGAAAUACUUGUAUGUUGGCUUAUAAAACAAGGAGCAAUAAAAAAAUCGGGGAAACAGCUUCGCUGGGACGUUAACUAUGAAAUGCAAUGUUGCUAACGAAAAAAUUGUAAAACCUGCGUUGCCUAGUCUACUGUGGAGUCACUGUAUUGCUUUGUUUAAGGCCCGUGGUUGUUCAAAUUCGUCAGUUGGAUAUGGCUUUGAGAAUAUGUUACGUUGGCCAAAAAAUCCACACACUCUGUGAUUUCUUUUCUAUAUACCGUCCAUAAUGUAACUAUUUUUAACUAUUGUCUUAAGAGAACUGACUUCCAGUUAAAACAAGAUCUUUAAACAUAGCUUAUCAGUCGUUUUCACUUUCUAUCCUA